AUGUCGACCAAUCCAUUCAAAGACAACAUGAUAUGUGACCUUGGCACUAUGAAGGCUCAAUCACAGCUCCCCAUCUCGAUGUCAAUCCCCAUCAUCUGUGAGAGUCAGGCGCCAGCCCCUACGAAACCAACCGGAUCUUGCCGCCGCAGCAGGUUGAAGGUUGUCACUGGGCCUCCCAAAAGCCUUUGUCUACCCCGCUUGUGUGGCCUUGAAAACAAUGCAUCCGUAUUGAUUGUAAGACAAGAGUCGCCGUGGGAUACCUAUCGGAAAGUCAUUACGUAUGAGAUCGCUGGCAAAGUUACAAUUGCCACACGCCGCACCCGCCCAUCUCGCAUGGUAGCCAUCCGGACAUACGCGAAAGAGAAUGAUCGAAGAUUGAUACAGAUUCGGACGUCUGGAACACAGGAACGUUCUCUCCUUACACCAAUGCUACAUGCACGAAGAUCUCGCAUUUUUCUUGGUUAA